AUGUCCGGAAAAGGAGGUAAAGCAGGCGCCGCCGCUAAGGCAUCUCAAUCUAGAUCGGCCAAGGCCGGUUUGACUUUCCCAGUCGGUAGAGUCCACAGACUUUUGAGAAGAGGCAACUACGCCCAAAGAGUCGGUUCUGGUGCCCCAGUGUACUUGACUGCUGUUUUGGAAUACUUGGCUGCCGAAAUCUUGGAAUUGGCCGGUAACGCCGCCAGAGACAACAAAAAGACCAGAAUCAUCCCUCGUCACUUGCAAUUGGCCAUCAGAAACGAUGACGAACUAAACAAGCUUCUGGGCAACGUUACAAUCGCACAAGGUGGUGUUUUGCCAAACAUUCACCAGAACCUGCUUCCAAAGAAGUCCGGAAAGCCAGAAAAGGCUUCGCAGGAGCUAUAA